AUGCUGUCUGCAUGGCAAAGCUGGUUGGAUAAACAACGUAAAAAUUGUAACAAAUUCCGAUGGAAUAGUUGUGUGCAGCCGGCAAAAGCAGCAUCGACCGAAUCCGCCUUCACUGAGCAGACAAACUGGACACCCGGAUCGCUCCAUCAGAGUCUGCCCAGGUGUUUAUUCGGCAAUUUUAGAUCGGAAAGGAACAUAAACGAUGAGCUGGAACAAUCGUUUUUAAAACUUUUCCUGAAAGAACAUGGCCUGUACAAUAAACAUCAGACGAUACAGCAGCGGCGGCGUUUGAAAUAUCUUCUGGAAUUGGAGCGACGUACCACACUUCUACUUGGAGAGGAGCCUAUUGAUGGGUCGAUCAUGCAAAGUGACACCGGUCCUCGGACAUGUUUGAUCGAGCUUCAUUCAAUGCCAUUCCACGAACUCCAUGCGGAUUCCAAACUACUCAAUCCCAGUCCCGUUCAAUCACCAAAGCUACGGCGCGGUUGUUCACUAUCGGCACUCGCAUCGGCAACCGAUCCGAACGGAAACAGCAGCUCUGAUGAGGUAACCGUUUCACUGUCAUCGAUCACACAGGAAGUAAAGGAUACAGCCAACCCCAAAUGCCUCAAAACAGUUUCAUGGGAAACUUCCUCAUCGAGCGUCACUAAGACGCUUCUGGAAACAGCUGUUUAG